AUGUUUAAAAAUACAUAUCAAAGUGGCUUACUAUCAAUAUUUUACAGUUGCGGUUCAAACCCGUUAGCAAUAUGGGAUAUGGAAGUUCAAAAUGGCCACAUAAAGCGAUUAACCGACGCGGAAGUUAACUCCAUAGUUCUAGAAAUUGUGAGUACAAAUGUUGCAACCACAUUCAUUACCUGUCCGAAGCGAAAUCAAGUGUUGGGUAUUAAAUUACCCUUUCUCGUCAUGAUCGUUAAAAAUUUGAAACGAUACUUCUCAUUUGAAAUCACCAUUCUCGAUGACAAGAAUUUGAGGAGACGCUUUAGAAUUUCAAACUUUCAAUCAACGACGAAAAUCAAACCUUUCUGUACGAGCAUGCCGAUCGGUCUGUCGGGAGGAUGGAAUCAGAUUCAGUUCAAUUUGGCUGAUUUCACAAGGCGCGCAUAUGGGACACAGUUUAUUGAAACCCUACGCGUGCAAAUUCAUGCGAACGCUCGUUUGAGGAGGAUUUAUUUUAGCGAGAGAUUGUUCUCGGAGGAGGAAUUGCCUCAGGAUUAUAAAUUGUAUUUACCAUUGGAGCGUAAGCAAAAGAAGGGAAAGGUUGAGAAGAAGGAGGAAGCGCCUCCCGCGAAAGCCGCGCCCGCCCCACAAGCACCACCACCACCACCGCCGGUUGAAGAAAUUCAGCCACCGGUGUCUGUGGCUGAGACCCCGAAAGAAGAACCACCUAGCCCCACGCCAACGACUCCUGCCACUGAACCGGAGGAGCCGGAGAAAGAACAACCAGCUGAGACACCACCUCCACCUGAAACACCAGUGGAGGCAGCGAGCGAGGGAGCUCCCACGGAGGCUGAAGUAGAAGCGGUUAAGGAGGAGCCUGAAGAAGCAGCCGCGGCAGAGCCUCCAGCUGAAGAAGCCCCGGCCGAACCGCCAGCAGAGUAA